UAUUAUAGUGAGGAAAGAUAAUUAUCAUAAGCAGAAGAGACGACCAAGAGGAAGAGGAAGAGGAAGACCCAGGAAGCAACACAAGCCAAGAAGAAUUAAGAGGAGGAAGAGGAAGAAGAAGAGGAGGCUGUCAUUGUUUACUUCAUUAAAGAGGAAGAGGAAUUAUAGUACGACACUGUAAAAGAGGACCAAGAGGAGGAAGAGGAAGACCCAAGAGGAGGAGGAAGAAGAAGAAGAAGAGGAAGAAGAGGCUGUCAUUGUUUAGUCCAUGAAAGAAGAAGGAAAUGAAGGAAAUAUAAACAGAAGAGAGAAUCAAGAGGAGGAAGAGGAAGACCCAGAAAGCAACGCAGCCCAAGAGGAGGAGGAAGAGUAAGAGGAAGAAGAGGAAGAAGAAGAGGCUGUCAUUGUUUAGUCCAUGAAAGAAGAAGGAAAUGAAGGAAAUAUAAACAGAAGAGAGGAUCAAGAGGAAGAAGAGGAGGACCCAGAAAGCAACACCAGCCCAAGAGGAGGAGGAAGAAGAAGAAGAAGAGGAAGAAGAAGAGGCUGUCAUUGUUAGUUCAUGAAAGAAGAAGGAAAUGAAGGAAAUAUAAAUAGCAUAAGCAGAAGACGGGACCAAGAGGAGGAAGAGGAAGACCCAGAGAGCAACAGAGCAAGCCAAGGAGAAGAAGAGGAAGAGGAAGAAGAGGAGGCUGUUAGCGUCAUUGUUUAAUCCAUGAAAGAAGAAGAGGGAAGACAAAUAAUAUAAACAGAAGAGAGGAUCAAGAGGAGGAGGAGGAGGAGGAAGAACCAUUAGCAAUAUAGCAGCCCAGGAAGAAGAGGAGUAAGAGGAAGAAGAAGAGGAGGAGGCCAUCGUUCCUGUUUGUCCCCGUGAUGGCUGGUGGUCUCCCGGUCAUGUCUUCCCUCCUGUUCCCGUGACUGACAGCCCCCUAGCACCCCUCAGCCAUGGCGGACACACUCUCCAGCAACUUCUGUUCCCUCUGUGGGUUCGCCCUGGACAGAUUUUCCUCGGAGAAGCAGAAAAAGAGGACCUCUCUCGCCUCGCCCAUUGUGGAAGAGUCUGGACUACUGGAACGCCUCAACAUCAGUGUCACGCCACUACGCAAGGACCUGCUGUUCAUCUGCUACUCCUGCUGCACCGUCUUCACCAACUACACCGAGGCCAAGACAAACUUCCAGUGCCGCGAGGAGGAAGCGAUGAAGCUGCUCACCGAACCUGUCGCCGAGAGUGGCCGGCUGCAGGGGGGCGGCCAGCUGCCCUUCGUGCCCUACCUCAAGCGCCAAUGCAUGACCCAGCAGCCGCCGCCCUCGCCCUCGCCCCCCGCCAAGGUGCCGAGACUGGAGGAGCCGCUACCCAGUGCCAAAGAGGAGGCGGUCAAACAGGAGGUCAAUGGGAAAAAUAACAUAGUGGAGAGUGCAGAGAAGGGUGGUGGUGGUGGUGGUGCCCAGAAUAACAAGAGUGCUGCUGUGGCGGAGGUGCUGGGGAAGGGAUGCAGCAGUUCAUCCCUGUCACAGCUAUGGGGGAGCAGCAGAGAGUUCCGGGAUAGCUGUCUCUCCUUCCUGUCCCUUCUCAUCAUGAAAGAGACAUCAGACAUCCUCCAACAAGACACAGUGUUCACGCGCCCCAUGAAUGGUGCGGCACUGCAUGAGGUGUCGUGGGGCCCCAGCAUGGAGGCGCUGUCAUCGUGUGCCCCCGCCACGCUGUGCUUCCUGCUGGCACUGCUCGGGGUGGACGCCAGCAACGCGUCUAAGGAAACAGUUGAGGCCCAGCACAGUGUAGUCGGCUGCCUGCUGUCCAUGGCACUGUACAAGAGGUUCAGGAGACGCGCCAGCUUCCUCCCGGCACUGCACACACUCUACCUGCACACGGCCAGGGCGCCCCCGAAGGUGAGGGGAGCCCUGCAACACGUAGGCCUGACCAUCCCAUCUUUCAGACUGGCAGCUAUCUUGAAGAACCUUGAGGCACCACACUCUGACCUCAUGCACUCCUGGAAGAAAGAACUGGAGCGCACCUUACAAGUCGUACAGAGGAGACCCAAGGCUGAUGAGUGUCCGAGAAAGUUGCCAGCGGAUCGGAGGAAGCUGAGAAGCAUUCUACCCAAACCAACGCAAGUCUCCUCCUACGGCUUGUCCUGGGGAUGUGUGCAGUCCCCCGCCCCUAGCAGCUCCUCCAGUCCCCGGCCGUCACUGUCCCAGGCGUAUGGUGUUAGGAGCCGUGUGCCGUACAUGAUGACGUAUCGCGACGAGCCUGUGAGAGCGGCCGACAACAUCCCCUUCGAGGAGUUUGUGCCGGACUCCGAGGACUUCAUCCGUGUGAGGGACCAGAUGAAGAAGGAGGUGCAGAAGAUACUCACCUGCCACGUCAAGUUGUUCAGCGGCUUGACGGUGAACGAGGAACAUCAACACUCGGCCCUCGUCAGCCAGAAGAGCCACAUGGUGGACAUCGGCACAGUUUUCAAGACCCCAGCGGACAAUGGCAGUGUGGCCUCGCUCAUGAAGGUCCUGAAGAGCUACCUGGCCUAUGAUGACAAUGAGCCUCUGCCGCUGUGCAUCUUUGGGGAGAAGGAGAGCGUCGAGCGCAUGGUGCGGGCCAAGGAUGCCAUGUCAUGCUUCUCCGAGAAACUGGACCGCUUUGACGGGCUUGAGCCUUGCAUAGCAGAUCAUGGACGGCAGACUCUGCUGGCCAAGGACAUCAUCAGCAUAUUCUUCCCCGACGGUCUCCUCGCCAAAAGCUCCUUCCUGCGACACCUGAACCUCGACAAGUCUCUCUUCGACGGGUGCCAGGCCUCGGACUUCACCGCUCAACACACACUCCUACAGGUCAUCGCGCACAGCUACACCGUCGCUUUGGGGGAGAUGAAGUUCCUGAGCAUGGAAGAUGACUUGAUGAUGAGUGAGGAGGAUAAAUUUGAUGUUCUUGAGCGGCUGAGUGAGGAGAUUGUGGCGAGCGUUUGGCCGCAAGUGUAUUCGGAAUCCUUGGACACUGUGAGGCAAGGAAACAAGGUGGUCAAGGAUAGAGAGUGUUCCUUCGGCGACUGCAUCAAUUUCCGGGAGAAGGCGCGGCUACCAUGCUCGGAAAGUUGCGCGCGGCCAUUCUACUUCUGCUGCCAAAAGCCUCUCAACGACGGACUUGUGGAGUGUGCGCGGCGAGACAACUGUCCACGUGGAGCUUGGUUCCACAUCAACAAGAAGUGCUCGGGGCUGGUGGAGGCCCCUGAGGACGACUGGCUCUGCGAAAAAUGCUCGUCGCAGCGGAAACCCGAGGGCUCGUCAAGCAGAACGGACGGCCUUUGGGAGUACCACCGGGGGCUGCUCUGGUACUGCCUCUUCUUCCUGGUGGGUCAGGCGGCGGAGAGGCAGGGCAACGGGUGGCUUCUGCAUGCGGUCUGGAAAGUGUCCAUGCCUAUUUUUGAGACGCAGGGACAUCAAGACUUCCUGCAGCUUGGUUACUCCUUUCUAUCAGGGGUGGCGGGCCGGAUCCCUCGCCUGGCGGCCCACGACAGUGUUCACAACCGCACUGUUAGUCUGACCGGCGGACUGAACCACAAUCUGAGCUGGGACUAUGCGGUGAAGGUGAUCGCCAAGCAGACAAAAGGCAAAAUGCUACAGAAAAUCAACAACAAGGAACCGGGUAGCCCACGACGAGCGGAGGCCUGCAGACUCCUCUCCGUGACCUCUGCCUUUGAGUCCCAGCUGUACCCAGGCAAGCUCAGGUCACCCACAGCGGACGACCCCACACUCAGGUCAGUCCGAAGGAACGCCGAGCAGCUGGAGGCCCUCGGGGUGCUGCAUAAGGUCCCAGGGAGGCAGCGAGUGGAUGACGUCACUUACUCGCAUGUCAUAAGGUUCAGAAAGCCCGGGGUGAUGGUGGCAACACUGCGGGAACUGUGCACUCAGGAUGUGGCGCGGCAGACGACUGAACAGGAGAGUGAGGGGUCGGAGUGAGUGAGAGAGAGAAGGUGAAUUUAGGACUUAGGGAUGAGUUGCCAUUAAGUACAGUUAGGAAAAUAAGGAUAAAUGAAGAAAAGAAGAAGCUGCUGUGUUGAGGAAAAUAGAAAAACCUUGUUAUCAUAGGUGGUGACUGACAAGGCCUUCUUUGGUUCAUGGUUGAAGCGUUGCCGAUAACAGGGUAAAAGAUGCCCUUAACACCACCACCCAAGACUGUUACAUGAAGAAGAGAAAGAAGCUACUGGGCUGAGAGAUAGAAAAACCUUGUCAUUAAAGAUGGUGACUGACAAGGCCUUCGGUCCAUGGAUGAAUAGAUGACGUUAACAGUGUGAGAUUGACAGUAUUUCCCAUGACGCCCUCAACACCACCUCCCAAGACUGUUGCAAGAAGAAGAAGAAGCUGUUGGGUUAAGAGAUAGACUAACCUGACAAUGCCUUCUGUGGUACAUGAAGAAAUGCCAAUAACACUUAAGAUUGACUCCCAUGAUGCCCUCAACACCACCUCCCAAGACUGUUACAAGAAGAAGAAAAAGUAGCUGUUGGGUUAAGAGAUAGACUAACCUGACAAUGCCUUCUGUGGUACAUGAAGAAAUGCCAAUAACACUUAAGAUUGACUCCCAUGAUGCCCUCAACACCACCUCCCAAGACUGUUACAAGAAGAAGAAGAAGAAGCUGUUGGGUUAAGAAAUAGAGUAACUUGACAAUGCCUUUUCUGGUCCAUUGCUGAAGAGAUGCCGGUAACAGUGUGAGCUUGACAGUACUUCCCAUGACGCCCUCAACACCACCUCCCAAGACUGCUUAAUCCCUGUUUUGUCUCAUCUCUCAAAGCAUUGACGUCACAAGGAAACUAAUAUAUAUGUCCCCUCCCCCCCCUUUUUUUUUGAGGGGGGUGGGGUGGGGUUCAAAGGCUGGCUGUCUUUCGCACUAAACAAGGGCUUUCUUUCCCUCUGGUUCAACGCUUCAUGGUUUUGUAUUUAUAUUUAUUGUGACUGGGAUUUGUGUUCCUAUGUUAGUUUGUGCAGCGGUAACCAAGCCCGCACAGACACACACACACACACACCUACUUACACACACACACACACACACACACACACACACACACACACACGGCAAGAUGGCUAGCAAGACUUUCUCCACCCCUACAGUAACUUUCUGACCUCCUACCUGCAGUAAUCUCUUUAAACAUGUGAUAUAUAUUUUUUUUACUCCCUAACUCUGCCCUGCUUCUCAGUAUAUUAGGGUAGGUUAGGUUAGGUUAGAUUAGGAAUAGCAUGACGAGGGAGGGGAAGGGAAGAAGGGGGGGAAGGAACCUAACCUAACCUAACUCUGCCCUGCUUCUCAGUAUAUUAGGUUAGGUUAGGUUAGGUUAGGUUUGAAAUAGCAUGGUGAGGAAGGGGAAGGGAAGAAGGAGGGAAGGAACCUAACCUAACUUAACUCUGCCCUGCUUCUCAAUAUAUUAAGUUAGUAAGAGCUUGGUAUGUGUUUCCCUGGCUCACUCACAGCUGCCUGGCCCUCCCGUGUGCUGGUGUGAAGGUGCUCCAUUGAGAAAGCUUUGUAUACUGCUUGGAAAGUGUUAUUUAUUGUAUUCUAAGCAGAUCAACAGAUAUUAUUAUGCUAUUAUUAUUAUGACUUAUUUUUUACAGUUCUAUUUGGGUGCUGAACUAGAUUAAGAUGUCUAUAAAUUAGUUCUUUCAUUAUUAUUAUCACUAUUAUUAUUAUUUAUAUUCGACAGGUAAUGAUACAUAGUCUAUAGAUGCUAUUUUUCAUUAUAUAUAAGUCACUCAAUUGUUCUAACACAGUACCUAUUUGCAUGUCCUCACAAUAUUCUAUCCUCAAUUCACGCAGCACUCAUUUUUUUUGUGUACAAGAGUUUCCCAUUAAAACAGGGUGAAAGAGUGUGACAGGGAGGCGACAGGUGUUCUCUCUGCAAGUCCGGGUUUUGUUAUUCUGCCGAGCCAAUGUUUCCUUCCAUACCUCGCUACUGGGAGCGUCACAAAGAAUGCCAGGGCCCACUUCACCUAUAAUGGAUGGAUGUAAGGUCAUAUGAUAGCACUCAGUUUAGAUAAGUCCGGUUUUGCUCUUCUGCCGAGUCAAUGUUUCCUUCCAUACCUCACUACUGGGAGCAUCACAAAGAAUGCCAGGGCCCACUUAACCUAUAAUGGACGUAUGUAAGGUCAUAUGAUAGCAGUCAGUUUAGAUAAGUCCGGUUUUGCUCUUCUGCCGAGUCAAUGUUUCCUUCCAUACCUCGCUACUGGGAGCAUCACUAGGAAUGCAGGGCCCACUUCACCUAUAAUGGACGUAUGUAAGGUCAUAUGAUAGCUGGCAGUGCAGAUAAGUCCGGUUUUGUUCUUCUGCCGAGUCAAUGUUUCCUUCCAUACCUCGCUACUGGGAGCGUCACAGAGAAUGCCAGGGCCCACUUCACCUAUAAUGGACGUAUGUAAGGUCAUAUGAUGGCAGUCAGUGUAGAUAAGUCCGGUUUUGCUCUUAUGCUGAGUCAGUGUUACCCUCCGUACAGCGUUGCCAAGUUGUCGUACUCUGAACAUUGCAUUUAUCACUUUCAGGCUCCAAGACGGUCGUAACCACACAAAUAAUGAUAGGAAAUUAAAGUUAGCGUUAAAACUGUUAAUUAUUGAUGGGUAUCGUUCUUUUUUGCUAUAAUUAUCGGUCAAAAACAACAAAAUGCCAAGUUGUCGUACUCUGAACAUUGCAUUUAUCAUUUUCAGGCUCCAAGACGGUCGUAACCACACAAAUAAUGAUAGGAAAUUAAAGUUAGCGUUAAAACUGUUAAUUAUUGAUGGGUAUCAUUCUAUUUUGCUAUAAUUAUCGGUCAAAAACAACAAAAUGCAAUGCGCUGAGUAUGAUCAUUUGGCAACGCUGCUUCUGUACCUCACUACUGGGAGCGUCAAAGAAUGCCACCCAUCUAGCCUGUAACAGAUAUAAGGUUGUGUGAUAGCUGGCAGCAUAGAUAAGGCAGGUAUUGUUACUCUGAGCCAGUGUACAAGAGAGCAGCUUAUCCUCACGAAGAACGUCAUUGCCCACUUAACCUGUAAUGUAUGUAAGGUUGUAUGAUAGCAGUGAGUCCUCGGCCACUCCCUUACCAUCAGUUCCAGCAAUGUUACUCAGCCAGAUGCUGUUCCCUAUGAGCUUUCCACGACCCACUUGUACAGGUUAACGGUUAUACCCAACAUAUUUAUUCUCCCUGUUAGUGAUAGUGAUAGCAUGGUGAGGGAGGGGAAGGGAAGAAGGGAGAGGUCAGGGGAGGUAGGGUAAAAGGAAGAAGAGGGGAGGAACCUAACCUUACCUAACAGAUGAGAGGUGAGGAGAGGGAAAGGAGGAGAAGAGAAGAAUAGGAAGGAUGGAGAUGGAAAGGGAGAGAAGAAGAAGGAACAGGAGAAAUAGAAGAAUAGAGAGCAUAGAGAAAGACUUAAUAUAGAUUCGGACCACUAACAAGAAGAACAAUAUCGGAAGGAAGAGAGAAGAGGGAGAGAAGGAAGAGGAGAAAUGGAGAAAAACUUACAUAUAUAUUCCGACCACUAACAAGAAGAGUGUUUAUUUAUUUUUUUAUUUAUUUAUUUAUUUAUUAUUAUUAUUUUUUUUUUUUUUACAUCUCUGCCUAAUGUGCCGGUAGGCUUGCUUGAGGGGCCUGGAUGGUAUUCGACCCCAGCUUGUCAUGGCGCAGGCAAGUGUUUAUAGUGGCGCCAUCUUCUCUUGGAUAUUGGAGGUGAACCAUGUGCAAUUCAAACCCAGGCGGAGUAGUAUAGAUUAAGGUAGAGAAACGAAGGUGCUGGUGUGUGUGGGUGUAACUAUGGUAUUAACAGAAGGCAGCAAGGAUUAACUCUGUAAGAAUCUCAAGUAAACAAAUAACAAGGCUCUUAGGGUCGCUAUGGAAUCUCAGGCUUACUCUAUGACAAGAUUAUAACAGUAUCGCUACAUUAUUGAAUUUUACUUUAUUAUGUUUCGUAGGGUAAUAUUUUCCUCGGUCCCAUAUGUGUUGUGUGUGUGUGUGUGUGUGUGUGAGAGGAAAUUGGGUCAUGGGUGGAUUAGGUCAGGAAGAGUAUUUGUAGUGAAAACACAUUAUACUCAUUGCCAUAUCAUUUUUGCCAUUUUCCUUUUUUUAUUAUGUAUGGUGUUUUUUUUUUCGUAUGUUUUUAGUGUACGAAGUCAUUUUCAUAUUAAUGUUGUCUCCUUCCAUUUCUUUUCAAUAAUAUGUUAAGUCGUUCUGUGAUGUGUGAGGUCUAUUGCCAUAUCAUUUUUGCCAUUUUCCUAUUUGUAUUAUGUAUGGUGUGUUUUUUCGUAUUUUUUUUAGUGUACGAAGUCAUUUUCAUAUUAACGUUGUCUCUCCCUUUUUUUUGGUGAUAUGUUAAGCCGUUCUGUGAUGUGCGAGGUCUAUUUCCAUGUCAACGUUUCAUCUCUUUCUUCCUCUGCUGUAAUGGGUGAGGUCUUUUUCAUAUCAACAAUUGUCAUCUCUCUUUUUUCUGUAAUAUGGGAUGUCUGUUUCCAUAUCAACGUUUCAUCUCUUUUUUUUCCUCUGCUGUAAUGGGUGAGAUCUUUUUCAUAUCAACAAUUGUCAUCUCUUUUUUCUGUAAUAUGGGAUGUCUGUUUCCAUAUCAAUGUUUUCAUCAUUUCCUUCUUUACGGUGAGCUAUGAAGUAUUUUUCUGUACUCCUAAAGUCUUUCUGUUGUGUAUUCUGUAAGUUUUUCAUAUCAACAAUUUUUAUCCUUUUUUUCUAGGGUAUAUCGUCUUUUUCAUGUUACCGUUUUCAUCUUUUUCCUUCUUUAUUUUAAUCUAUGAAGUCUUUUUAUGUACCCUAUGAAGUCUUUUUGUCAUGUAUUCUGUAAGUUUUUCAUAAUAACAAUCUUUUUCCUUUUUCUUCUAGAGUAUAUCGUCUUUUCCAUAUCAAUGUUUUCAUCUUUUUCCAUCUUUACAGUGAUCAAUGAACUCUAUUUCUGCACUCUAUGAAAUCUUUGUCAUGUAUUCUGUGAGCAUUUCAUAUCAACAUUCUCUUUUUCCUUCUUUCCUGUCAUCUGUAAACUCUUUCUGUAUCACAUAUGUAGUCUUCUCCCUUUUCUGUGUAACCUAUGAAGUCUUUCCCUCACAUAAUCCACAAGUUUUCCAUAUCAGCACAAGUCUCUUAAAUUCCUUCCUCUCAUCCAUGAACAUCUCUUUCUCUAAUGUACAGUCUCCCAAUCUUCUGUAAUAUAUGAAGUCGCUAUGUGGUUCAACGUAAAUCAAACUUAAGCACAAACUAUAAAUGUUGUAAAUAUAUUCCCAGACAGACUGUGAGGGGUCAAGUGUGUUUUGUGGAGCCCUUGCCGAGGAUCAGUACGAGGCAAAAGGCUGGUUAGUGAUCCUGUAAUGGGCUGUGAAAGACUGGUUAAUGGUCCUGUGAUGGGGGCCCUAAUACCUCAACGCAGUGGUCCUAGUAAUCCCCUCUCAGUUAAAGAAGUCUUGGCCCAUGGAAAACAAAGGACCGCAGACUUGAUUAUGUGAGUUCUACCUUGGAAUGACAAUCUGUAAUGGAAGAGUUUAGGCAGGAAGGACAAUUGGUGGCUAGGUCGUUAUAGCAAGAUGAAGCAACAAGUCUUGGCUCACAGAGGAAAAGAAAUGACUGACCGCUUGAUUUUGUGAGAACCCAGGAAUGAGAAUAUAUAAUGGCGAAGAUAAAACAGGAGGGACAAAAAUGUGGUUUGGUCGAUAUAGCAAGAUUUAAGUGACACAUCUUGGCCCAUGGAAUAUAAAGGACCGCAGACUUGAUUAUGUGAGUUCUACGUAGGAGUGAAAAUAUCUAAUGGAAUAGGUUAGGCAGGAAGGACAAAAAUGUGGUUUGGUCAUUAUAGCAAGAUUAAGUGACAAAUCUUGGCUCACGGAAAAGAAGACAUUAUUUGUGGACUUAAUUUUGUGUGUCGGCUGUAUCUAGGUAUGAGGAUAUCUAUAAUGGAAGAGAUGAGGCAGGAAGGACUUUUACAUGGGUAGAUUAUUAUAGCAAGAUCAAGACUGGACAUAAGAAAAAGAUAUAUAAUGGAAAGGAAAAGAUCGGAAGGACAAUAUAUGGGUAGGUCAUUACAGGAUCAAGGUUAACUUUUGGUCUUGUAACUAACAGGAAGCAUUUUGUCUUAUUGAAAGGUGGUAUUUGUGCAGCUUUUUCUAGACAUAAAAAAAAGAUAUAUAACAAAAAGGAUAAGAUAGGAAGGUUAUUAGUAAAGGAUCAAGCUUAAUUUUCUCUCUUGUACAUAACAGGAAUUUCGACUCAUGGAAAUAUAUUGUGACUGCUUGUGCAUAUGACUGUGGAAGUUAUGCACCAAUACACAAAAAUAUCUAUUGGAAAAAGGUGACAGGUAAUUUGUAUAUGCCGAAAUCACUAUAGCAAGAUACUGAGCGAAAAAUAUAUCAACGUGUACCCCAGGGAUUAUACGGUAAAAAGAUGAAUGUCAAUAUAACCUACAUGUUUUUUCUUUUGUUGUCAUAUAGGUAAGCUUAACGUGCUUGAAAGAUUACGGUGCAGUGUUCAUGAUAUUUGGUAAGCUGUAAAUGUGAGGAGUUAUGAGCUAAGAAAAACAGGGAUGUAUAUAUAAACCUACUUCUCCCUUUAUUGUCAUCUAGGUUAUCUUAAUGUGGUUAGCAGAGGUGUUAAGGUACUCAGAAUAUUUGGUAAGCUGUAAAUAUGAGGGAUUUUGCGAUAAGGAAUGGAGGAUUGAUGUCUGUUUGUCUCUCCUUAUAUUGUCACAGGGUCUUGAAUUUGUAUUAAGGAAAAGAGGCUAGACUAAUUAAGAGGUAUUAUGGUAUUCAGAAUAUUUGGUAAGCUGUAAAUAUAAGGGAUUUUGAGACUAGGAACAGAGGAACGGUGUGUGUCUGUCUCUCUACUUAUAUUGUCACAGGGUCAUGAAUUUGUAUUAGGGAAAAGAGAAAAGACUAAGAUGUAUUAAGGUAUUCAGAAUAUUUGGUAAUCUGUAAAUAUGAGGGAAUUUGAGACUAGGAACAGAGGAAUGGGGUGUGUCUGUCUGUCUCCUUUUGCUGCCACAGGGUCAAGAAUUUGUAUUAAUUAAGGAAAAAGGAAAGACUAACCCAUUUCUCAUUUACUGUUACAAGGAAAGGAUGUUUGAGUUAUAGAAAAAUGGAAAAGACAUCAACUGAAUAAUCUUUUUCUGUCACAGUGAAAGGAAUUUUGAGUUUGAAGGAAAUGUCAUCAACCUAUGUCUCUUUCCUUCUCCUGUCUUUUGAUGGAGCUAGAACACUGCAGCGAGACAUGAAGCAUUUGUGAUAAAACUACAAAUAUAUCAGGAAAUGGUAGUGUGUAGAUUUAUGUUAAUAUUAUAUCAAGCUCUCCCUUCCUCGGCCAUUCCCUUGAGACCAGUUCUAGCAAUAUCACAAGCUCUCCCUUCCUCGGCCAUUCCCUUGAGACCAGUUCCAGCAAUAUCACAAGCUCUCCCUUCCUCGGCCAUUCCCUUGAGAUCAGCUCCAGCGAUACCACAAGCUCUCCCUUCCUCGGCCAUUCCCUUGAGACCAGUUCCAGCAAUAUCACAAGCUCCCCCUUCCUCAGCCAUUCCCUUGAGACCAGUUCCAGCAAUAUCACAAGCUCUCCCUUCCUCAGCCAUUCCCUUGAGACCAGUUCCAGCAAUAUCACAAGCUCUCCCUUCCUCGGCCAUUCCCUUGAGACCAUUUCCAGCAAUAUCACAAGCUCUCCCUUCCUCGGCCAUUCCCUUGAGACCAGUUCCAGCAAUAUCACAAGCUCUCCCUUCCUCAGCCAUUCCCUUGAGACCAGUUCCAGCAAUAUUACAAGCUCCCCCUUCCCAUGAGACCAGUUCCAGCAAUAUCACAAGCUCUCCCUUCCUCGGCCAUUCCCUUGAGACCAGUUCCAGCAAUAUCACAAGCUCUCCCUUCCUCAGCCAUUCCCUUGAGACCAGUUCCAGCAAUAUCACAAGCUCUCCCUUCCUCGGCCAUUCCCUUGAGACCAGUUCCAGCAGUAUAACAAGCUCUCCCUUCCUUGGCCAUUCCUUUUGCAUCAGUUCCAGCAAUACCAGUCAGUCGGAUGCCGUACCCUACGAGCUUUCCAUGACCCACUUUUACGGGUUAAUGUCGAUACCCAACAUAUAUAUUUCCCCUGUUAGUGAUAGUAAUUACACAGUGCAUAUAGGCGAAGAUAGAAAGGAAUUAGAAGUAGUAGGGAACUCAAAGGAGGGGUGAGUUUAGAAGGUUGGAUUUUGAGUUGGUAAUAAUGUCUAGUAUGUGGCACUCAAAGAAGGGGUGAGUUUAGAAGAUGCUGUUGGGCUUUGAGUUGGUAAUAAUGUCUAGUAUGUGGAACUCAAAGAAGGGGUGAGUUUAGAAGGUUGGGUUUUGAGUUGGUAAUAAUGUCUAGUAUGUGGCACUCAAAGAAGGGGUGAGUUUAGAAGGUUGGGUUUUGAGUUGGUAAUAAUGUCUAGUAUGUGGAACUCAAAGAAGGGGUGAGUUUAGAAGGUUGGGUUUUGAGUUGGUAAUAAUGUCUAGUAUGUGGAACUCAAAGGAGGGGUGAGUUUAGAAGGUUGUUUUUUGAGUUGGUAAUAAUGUCUAGUAUGUGGAACUCAAAGAAGGGGUGAGUUUAGAAGAUGCUGUUGGGCUUUGAGUUGGUAAUAAUGUCUAGUAUGUGGAACUCAAAGAAGGGGUGAGUUUAGAAGAUGCUGUUGGGCUUUGAGUUGGUAAUAAUGUCUAGUAUGUGGAACUCAAAGGAGGGGUGAGUUUAGAAGGUUGUUUUUUGAGUUGGUAAUAAUGUUUCUUGGUGAGGGAGGGCUUUGAACACAGCUGGAAAUGGGUAAUGCUGGAUGUGUAAUAUGCUUGCUUGUUUGAAUUUUAUGAUGUAGCAGGGAAGUAAGAGGAAUCGUUUUGGACUUAUCUCUGUCUUAUAUUUUUUUAGCAUCCCUCUCAUGAUACAGUAAGGAGGAAAGAGUGACCAAAUAUCUAUUUUUUUUAUAUGAGCCAAAAAAUGUCCGUUAAUUUAUGGUUAUGGAGGAUUGUAUCUCAUUAUUAUUAUUGAUGUGUUUAUUAUUAUUAUUAUUAUUAUUAUUAUUAUUAUUAUUAUUAUUAUUAUUAUUAUUAUUACUACUACUACUACUACUACUACUACUACUACUACUGCUACUACAUUUCAACUUCUAUCACCUGCAUUAGUAUAACCAUUCUUUGUUAAUUUAUAUACAAACAUAUACAUGAUCUGCCUGUAUGCAUGUAUUUCUUCAAUGGGUGCUUAUUUAUGUUCUAAUGUGCAAUGUUAGUAUUACUGUGUCCCAGAAGCAGUGUUGUGGCAUGGACGGAGCGAGGAUAUGAUAGAGUUUAUUGUUAUUUUUAUAAGCCAAUGGUAGAAUGUGACAAGUCCCUCGGGGUGGUGAAUACAACAAGGAAAGGCU